CAAAGGUCGCCAAUAUGGCGGCGCCCGGGAACGGCAGAGGCGUGUAGCGGAGGAUGGCGCUGGCGGCCGGGACUCGGUUGGGGCGCCGGCUGAGCGGGCCGGGGCUGUGGCGCGGACACUGGACGGCGCCCGGGCGCUCGCGGAGCCGGCGCGAGACGGCGGAGGCCGAGGCGGACGCGCCCGUGUUCCAGUACGUGGGCGAGCGCGCGACCCGCGCCGACCGCAUUUUCGUGUGGGGCUUCAGCUUCUCCGGGGCGCUGGGCGUGCCCACCUUCGUGCUGCCCGGCUCCGGGCCCCAGCCCCGCGCCGGCUCGCGGCCGCGCCGCAGGAUCCAGGCCGUGCCCUACCGCCUGGAGCUGGACCAAAAGAUUUCAUCUGCUGCCUGUGGCUAUGGAUUCACAUUGCUGUCCUCUAAAACCAAGGAUGUUACGAAAGUUUGGGGUAUGGGGCUCAACAAAGAUUCUCAGCUUGGAUUUCACAGGAGCCGGAAAGAUAAAACGAGGGGAUAUGAGUAUGUUUUGGAGCCCUCGCCCGUCCCACUGCCACUGGACAGACCUCAGGAGACGCAGGUGCUGCAAGUCUCCUGCGGCAGAGCCCACUCUCUCGUUCUGACAGACAGCGAAGGAGUCUUCAGCAUGGGGAACAAUUCUUACGGGCAGUGUGGAAGAAAAGUGGUCGAAAAUGAAGUUUACAGCGAAAGUCACAAAGUCCAUAGGAUGCAGGACUUCGAUGGACAGGUGGUCCAGGUCGCCUGCGGUCAGGACCACAGUCUGUUCCUGACGGAUAAAGGAGAAGUGUAUUCUUGUGGAUGGGGUGCGGAUGGGCAAACAGGUCUGGGUCACUACGAUAUCACCAGCGCGCCCACCAAGCUGGCUGGAGACCUUGCCGGAGUGAACGUGGUCCAGGUGGCCACCUGCGGGGACUGCUGCCUGGCUGUGUCGGUCGAUGGCAGCCUCUUCGGGUGGGGGAACUCCGAGUACCUGCAGCUGGCCUCGGUCACGGACUCCACACAGGUGAACGUCCCCCGGUGCUUGCCCUUCUCAGGAGUCGGGCGGGUGAAGCAGGCUGCGAGUGGGGGGACAGGCUGUGCUGCAUUAAACGGAGAAGGACAUGUUUUCGUCUGGGGCUAUGGAAUUCUUGGGAAAGGACCAAACCUCAUGGAAACUGCCCUUCCAGAAAUGAUUCCACCCACUCUCUUUGGCUUGACGGAGUUCAACCCAGGAGUCCAGGUUUCCCGCAUUCGCUGUGGACUCAACCACUUCGCCGCCCUCACCAACAGAGGAGAGCUCUUUGUGUGGGGCAAGAACGUCCGAGGGUGCCUGGGAAUCGGUCGCCUGGAAGACCAGUACUUCCCGUGGAGGGGUCAAAUCAGAGCUGGGCUGCAGGACGAUAGAAUAUGAUGGAGAUGAUGGUACAUGAAUUCUGAAGCUAGAAGAAAAACUACUUUUUUUUAGGUAGGUCCUACCUUGGUCCUUGAAUCCCUUGCUCUGGGAGAAGUGAGGCACCAUACGAUGAGGGCACUCAAGCAGCGGAGACCCACGUGGAGAGGAACAGGCUUCCUGCCGACAGCCAGGCCCACCUUGCCAGCCAUGUGGAUUAAGCACCUUGGAAACAGACCCUCUAGCCCCAGCCGAGCUUCAGAUGCCUGCAGCCUCGUGAGAGACUCUGAGCCCAAGCUGCUCAAACUGCUCCCAAAUUCCUAACCCACCAAAACCAGGACACACAAAUAAUCAUUUCAAGCCUUACAUUUUGGGGCAACUUGUUAUACAGCACUGGGUAACUAAUACAGCCCCUCUCGCUCUCAGGGCUAUUUCCUCCCUCAGAUUCUUGCUUUGUCUCCUCCCAGCUCCUGGCCUAUGUGCCCCCACCCACAGUAUGGAGAAGGGAGAGAGAUGAGACGUAGCCCUGGAUCAGCACAAAAUCAGACAGCCGUCAGCCAACAUCAUUUUUUUCUUCCAUUUUAAUGAACACUUUUACAAAGUACAAAAUAUACUGUCUUUUUUUGGGGAACAUUAGGUACUUUUUUUCUCUCCGUCAUACAGUACAUGAAUCUCAAGGGUUUUGUGUUUCUUCAAGAAAGAAAGAAAGUGUGAGGGCCUGGGGUACAGGGCUGCCCAGUUCUCCCCUCGCCCAGACCUUGGGACAGAUGCAAGUGCCGCUGCUACUGCUGGUGACCCGGGGCAUGCCAGGGGAGGGCCAGACCCCCAAGGCGAAACCCUGGGCAGGGCAGAGGCCCCUCUGAGCCCUGCUGUGCAGCCAACAUCCUCUCACCCCCAUCUCAGGAUAACGGAAAUGAUUUUGGCAAAGAGCAAGAGGAGGGCUUGGGGUUUUGUUUGCCGUUAGCUCCUCCCCACCCCGUUUUGGAGCCAACCCUGCCCAGCUCUUCCUGGACCAUUUUCUGAACAGGUAAACUGAAGCAGUGGAGAGGAAAAUGCACUGGGCUUGGCCUCUGCCUUGGGACCUGAAUUUGGCCAGUUUUUCACCCACCCCCCCUGCCCUCCACUCCGGUUUCCAACUUUGUUGGAUGCUCUUCAUGGACGAGCCCCAGCAGGCGGAGGGGCACCAGCCCCCAGAACCCCUCCCUGUAAAUACUGUCCUCAGGACUGGCUGCCGCUGAGGAGUCCGCCCAGCAGGUCUAGCCCUUGGCUGCACGGACCUCCGGGCCGCUGCAGGGCGGAGCACAGCCCCUGCAGGGACACCCCUGCCCCCACCGUCCGCAGAGCAGUUUCAGCAAAGUCAAGGGGGGCGGGGCUGCCUUGCGUUCGAGGUCUGCUGCCCGAACCCCUUCAGCUCUACAUGUGGCCCUGGGGUAAGAACGUACCCAGGCCUCGAAACACCGGACGAGCCAGUCCCUUCACUCGGAUCUGGGCUCUGCACGUGUGUGCUCGCGCCCACACUAGGGUGCGUGACACAGCGCACGCUCACGCUCACGUGUGCGUAUACACACGUGUGGUCCUGCCCAGAACACUGCUCUGACGCCCAGCACUUGCCGCGCUCACAGCCUCCCACACCGAGAACCGAGAGCCACAAGCUCCCUCCCCACCAGGCUGCCCACGAAAGCACGGGCCAGGCCGCAGGCUUCUACCUGUACUCCAGGCCAUCCUGGUGCCCUCAGCCCCAAGGACAGCAGGCCGGCUCAGCCAACAGCUCCCAUCCUUCCCUCCCAAGAAAGCAGGCUUCCCAGGAGGGCGUGGUUUCAAAGCUAAAGGCCAUAGCCCAGCCCGCAGCUUUCUCUCUCCCUCGGUCUACAGAAAAGGGUCCUUUUGCUGCCUCUAAUUUGAAAAUGAAAAGAAUGGAAAAGAGCUGGCAUGUGAGAAAAGGCAUCCAGCUAUACCAGGGCUCAACUCCCCUCACAAGUCCCGUCCACUCUUCCCAAGCCCACCCUCUGCUGGGCUGACCACCGUCUGCCAUCUUGGUUGACCAACAUGCGCCAUCUUGGUGGCUCUCUUCCCAGGCGGCCUCCUUGAAUAGAGGGCUACUGCCCCCUCCAGGCCUAGCCCCUGCCUCGGCACAGUACCCAGGAAACCUGAAAAGCCCAAGCCCCUGUCUUUCCACCGCUGGGAGACCCCGUCGUCCUCCCCCAAGCUCUGCCUGCCAAGCCAACCACCAACUCCGCUUCUCGGCAGCCGUAACGGCAGCGCCCGGCAGGCUGCUCCCCAGCCAUGGCUUACGUUGGCCACGGAUACACGGGGGUGCUUCCUUCCUACCCGCCCCCCUGCCACAAUUUUCACUCAGGAAGGAGCAUCAAAAAUUCCUAGCACAGGGCUGUAGCGCUACCACCUGGAAGGUCCCCAAGGUCCCCUCUCUUAGCUGGGGCUGGGAAGGGCCCUGCUUGUGCCCACAUCCAGAUCCAGAGGCUCAGAAAGGUGGCUCAGGGUGGCUGGGAAGUGUGGCCAGAAGGGGCAGGUGGUGGGUGGGCAGGUUCAUCUUUGAUUAUCAGGCAAAUGGUACCGCUGGCUUGGGGGUGGGGGCCUGGCCCUUCCUAUCCCCCCCGAGCCUCCUCUCCUGAGCUCCGUGGCAGCCUCUGUCACCACAGAGGGGACAAGCCCCAACCGACCACGCAUCUUCUGGACACCACACUGGUCACCGAGGCCAUGCUGCCCGCAUGGGGAGGCCACAGCGGCCAGCUCCGGGUCACCCGGUCCCUCCCUUCCCACCAGGGGCCUGUGGCCCGGAGUUGAUGGCAGGGGGAGAAUGCUGGUGCUUGGGGGGUUCUGGACCCCCAGAAUCCUGGGGAAGGGAGGCCUUAUGUGCCUCUCCUGCUUGGAUGGGUGCCCUGGGCUGAGGUCAGUGGUGUAGGCCCCGCCUCCUGGGGGGCUCUGGAAACCCCUGUGGAGGAAAGAGGUGCAGAGCGGGCACUGCCCAACUCUUUGCUGGGUCAGGACUAGGGCCGAGGGAGAAUGGGGUUUCUUAGGAACCAGGGGCGCCCAUGUUGAGAGCUGAGCCAAAGAGGCAGAUUUUUAUAAUUGGGGGCAGGGGUGAAGUGGGUGAUCACGGCUCCCGGUCUCCCUCGCUCUCCCUACUUUAACCUCUCGCCGCUCUGCAGUGUGCAGGGAUGGGGCGGGUGAAGAGCGAGCAUAGCAUUUAGAUGGUUUGAGCUUUUCUUACCAGGGACCAGCACAGACUCAAAAGACACACCUGGAGCCCAGGUGGCAGCUCCUGGGCCACCCGCUCACCCCCAAGCCAGAGCCUAGAGUGCCUCAGCCUGACACGGCACCCUCUUCAGGCCGCCUCUCUGGGGGUCUGGGGACCCCUGCGCACAGCAAAGCCAGAGGUGGCUGGGGGCAGCCAGCCACCGGGGAGACCACUCCCUCUUCCCCCCGAUUGCUGGAGACCCAACCGCUGACUCACGGGCACACACAGGCACCGAGGAUGCGCCGGCCUCUGCACACGGCGGGAGGAUGGGGGUGUGGGAAAUAGAGGGGGCAGGUUUUCAGGGUGUUGGCUCCCGCCCUGCCAGCUGGAUACACACCUGUGUAGCCCAGAGAGCCGCGUCCUCGCACCAGCCCCUCCCGGAAACAACGUCAAGGGCAUCCAUCCGUCCCCUUCUCAGUCGGAUGGGGCCAGUCCCCAGGAGGCGACCUGGGGAAAGAACCUGAGGCUUCUAAAGCGACAGAAAUCAGGUGAUGGGGCUGUGGGAGCAGGCCUGGACGGAAAGCCGGAGGGCGCCCGUCCAGCUGGCCCAGGUCUUCGGGCUGAGAGCGCCGGCAAGGGGGCUGCCCUGUCCCAGCUGCUCCUCCCUCUGUGCCACUGUCCCCCCAAUAAAAUAAGGGUGUCCAGGGGCCUCGGUCGUGCCAACGGGAUUACAGGAAGGGGCCGAAUCCAGCUUUCAAGGGAGACUCGGGGAGGAGGGGGUAGGGACCCUCAACACCCGCCCCGGAGCUCAGUUCCCGGGCCGCUGGUUUAGUUUUUCUCUCAAGUCAGGGCCAAGGCAGCCAGCCGGCUUCUCUAAUAAUCGUAUUGCCUAUAUACUUGAAUUAAAAAUAUAUGGUGGCUCAAAACGUGCCUGUGUGCACGGCAGACACCGCGGGGCGGAAGCCCUCACGCCCCCACACACACACACGCACACACGCGUGUGCACGCUCACACAGUAUAUAUUAACAUAUAUAUUGCUCAAGUAUAUAUGCUAUUUACAGUAUAUAUCUAUAUCAACAUAAAACACAGGUAUUUAUAUGUGUGUACAAUAUACGUCCUAGGGGGUCUAGGGAGCACACGUUUCUGGGGGUCAAGGGGACGACACACUUGCUCGGCAGGAAGGAGAGGCGGGGGAGUGACACGGUGAGGGGGGGGACAGACAGGAAGGGGUCUGGAGGGCGUGCCACGGAAAAA